AUGAGUGAAGUCGCCAAUGCUAGAAAGUCGAAGUAUAUCAAGCAUACAAGCAUUGGGAAGACGAAAUCUGCGUGCUCCAGUACGUCCAUAUCGUCAACAGAAGGAACUGGGAAAAUUUUUGAAGCUAUUGACAAACCUUUGAAGGAUCCGAUGGUGAAAGUCAAAAAGUCCAAGUCAGAUCCGGGAAGGGGAGCCGAGAAAGCGGGCGCGUCGGAAGAAGAUAUUUUUGCUUGGAUCGACCCGCAACCAGCAAAACCUCCAAGCUAUAAGUCAGCAAACCCGAACAGAAGGAUCACGUAUCCUGUGUACGAGACCCAAGACAGUGGUGUUCUUCCCGCUUACUCGCCCUCUGUGGAAGAAGUGACUGUAGUGUCAAUGAAAAUGGAGUGGCUGGAUCCCUACAAUUGUUCUCCCUCUCGAAGUUGGAAAAACUUUAUAAUGGAGAUCAACUCUACUCAGCUCAACUUUUAUCUCAUCGAUCCUUCUCUGACAAGGAAUAUCAAAAACUAUUGCAACGGAAAAUCGCAUUUCGGUGGAGAAUCCGUGGAUCCCGAUAUAGAAUACGAGGGCCACCAUUCAAUUUUCAACUCGCUAGCGUCUAAGGGCACUUACCAGUUCAACAAAGCAGACCAAGAAUCCAUCAGCCAGAGAAUUACCAAAGACAAAGCGAAGUACCUAACUAAUAAUAGGCUUUUCAGAACCUACUCAUUACAGUUUGCGAAGUUUGGCAUUCCCACCGAUUACAGUAGGAAAACUUUCGUGUUGCGUCUUCGUUGUGAAACAGAGCAAUUUAUGCUGAGUUUUUCGCAUGUUGACGACAUGAUAAUGUGGAGCAUGUAUCUCAGCAUUGGAAUAGGUGUUGCCCUCGACCUUGACUUCAGGGAGCUGCCAACCUAUAGAACUGUCCCGCGAAGACGUAGACGCAGAAGACGCAAAAGGACUAAUGCUCUUACAUCCUCUGGGGGUAAUGAUAGGUCCGGGAGUGACAGAAGAAGCUUUUCUAAUUCUUCGACCAGAAACGGGGUCCUGGAACUGCACUAUCCUUAUAAAAAGAGACCAAACUCUAUGUCAAAUCCAGAUAGUCACUCAAACUCUAGCAGCAGGCGUGGUAGCAAUGAAAGCAUAAAAUCUAGGCUAAAAAGCUUCUUCGGUUCUGACAAAAAAGCUCCAUGUCCAAGCUUCAGAGGGCCCUAUCCGAGGGCACUGAGUACAGUAGGUUUGAACGCUGUUACUGAGGAUGAAGAAGAAGAGCAGGUUCCAUCUACUUCAGCAUCUGCCAGCAAUUCACCUCAGAAGACAGAAAUUCCUGUGAGACCUUCGCUGGAACAGCGUUCAAAAUCUCUAGGUACCCUCCAGAGCUCUUCAAACGCAGAUGACUACUUCGGCUUUAAUCAUCGAGGGGAGGAUGCGAGAGACAUUGCAGUGACAACGCCGGGCUCGCCGGGCUCACCGGGCAGUGAGGUUUCCAUCGGUGGAGCAACGAUUGCGUCAGGUGAACUUCAGCUUCAAUCAGGAUACCAUAAUAACGUUGGACUUCAAAACGACUUGGAUGAGUUGCAGCAAGUUAUUUACGAACACAACGGAGAAGAAGGGGAGGAAACUGAAGAUUCGCCAACUUUUGGAAACACUGACAAUGACGAUGAAGGUGAAGAAGAAGAUGAUGAUGAUAUCGAUAGUUUGCACCCCCACACAGCCACCGCAGCGACCUCAAUAUAUCAAGAAGAGGGUAUAUUCCACGACAGCGAAGACGACUACUAUUACGUUGUCGAUCGAGGUGAUGCGUUCAGACGCAGAGCAUCGUCUGUCACUAGCAACCUAAGCAGUAUACCAUACGGGAGCUGCGAGGUUAAGUGGCAUCCACCAAGAAAAGAAAUGUCACGAAGAAGGUAUAUCAGGGACUCGUUACGUUGCAUAAGGCCACUUCCUGAGGAUGAGGAGUGGCUUGGCAAGGUUCUCAUUUGCCCAACCCAAGCACCAGCCUACGAGACGAACAAUCCGCCUAUAUCUGGAUACAUCCUUGGGGGAGGAAAACCUGGGAAAUCUAAAGCACCUAAAUUCAGGAAUUUCAAAACAGACAAAGGAGUUAUAUUAAAUAAAUGCAAAAACCACUUUGUCAAACCCUAUAUCGUGGGUCCUGUGGGGUUUUUGAAAACCAAUGCACGGUGCUGA